GAUGUGAGCGCAGCGUGCGUGCGUGUGUCUGUGUGCGAGAGAGCGCGGUGUUGCUGUCGAGUGUGUCGAUGGAUGUAUGUCGUCGUCGUCUUCUCUUUCCCACUCUUCUUCUGAUUCUUUGUCGUUGUCGUUUUUGUGCGCUGUAGUCGACGCCAGGUCGUCGGUCUAUUCGAGUCUGAGGAGAAAAGUCGAGUUGUAGAGGCAACUCCGACCGCUGGUAUUUGUAGCUUUUGCCGCUUCACGCGAGCAGCGGCGGGAGCACAUUGCGUUCUGCGCGCAUCGUACCUCUUACAGCACUCGCAGCAUCGUGGCAGCGUCGCAGGUCUCGCUGCACAUCCUUCGACUGGCUGGUCGCAAGAGACGAGAACGUCGCUCGAGCUUGGCCGAUCGAUCAACAGCCGACGCACUUUGGAGCUGGCCCAUGAGAUUGCAUCAGCGAUGCAGCAUACAUCCGCCCGCCAGGAGAUCGCAUUGUGAUGUCUACCAGGGGAUGUCUCGCAGCUCGAUUGAUGCCUUGCGAUCGUCGAGAGGCACUGCUUUACUUCAAAUCACUGCGCGAUUAUGGGCGCGUGCAAGCCAUCACCUUCAGUCGAACUUUGAACUUUAAGACGCCGUCCGGUCGGCGUCUGCGCGAUUGGAUGGUGCCCCUGAAAGCAAGCAUUCAAGGUGGCAUCUAAUUCCAGCAGCCAUGUCAGGCAGACGCAUCUCGCGUGAGACGCCUUCCCGUUGAUUAGCAGCUAGUCGAUCAGAGCAUGUAUGCGCCUAUUGACGAACGAUGGACGCGUUCGCCUGCGUCGAAGCC